CGUCUCCCGGUUGUUCCCCCGUCGACGGAUUCGUAUGUAUCACCAUGUACUCACCCGACCUACCUCUUCUUACAUGGACGGCACGUCUUUGAUAUGACUCGGCAAAUGCUACCUCGAUAACCCCUCCUAGCACGGUAACGGCCCAGGGACGGUGCAAGGCAUAGCGUGUGGUGUGGCGUCGCAUGGCUGCUGGCAUGUUGUCCUUCUCCGACCCAAACGUCGAAUCCUUCCCUCUCCGUGCUCCCUCUUCUUUAAUCCUUCGCCUGUCCAAACCCGCCCUCGCUCGCCCCAGCCAGCUUGGUAUCCCAGCCCAUCCCGAUCGCCUAAUCCCAAUCAGCUACCGUUCGGACUCUUAAGAAGUAAAAAUAAGAAUAAUAAAGCCUGUCGGACAACAUGCGCUCUGCCAUCCUCUUCCUCGCCACCGGUCUCGCCGGCAGCGUCCUCGCCCACGGCGACCACAGCGCAUCCCAGAAGCCCGUGGUGGGCGAGAGCGCCAACUGGAUGGCGAAGCACAUGGCCGAGGAGCACCACAUCACGGACUUCGACGCCUCGUCCUUCUUCGCGCUGCACGACUUCGACGCGGACGGGAACUGGGAGCCGGCCGAGAUGCUGCGCACGUACGGGCUGAUGGACGAGUCGAACCGGGACGUGCCGGCGGCGCGGCGCGACGAGAUCCUGGGCGAGCUGCUGCGGCUGCUGGACCGCGACCGCGACGGCCGCGUGACGCGCGACGAGUUCGUCGCCUUCGUCCGCGCCGGCGGCGCCCUGCCCGACGUCGGCACCGGCCCCGGCCACCACGGCGACGACGAGUACGAGUACGAGAUCCACCACUGGGAGAAGUACCACGACGAGAACACCCCCAUCGAGGACCUCACCCACCCCGAGGACAUCGAGCACUUCCGCAAGCACGAGCAGCUCGAGGACGAGGAGCUGCGCCUCGAGCGCCUCAACAAGAUGCCCAUCGUCGAGGAGAACAUCCCCAACAAGUUCAGGAGAGCCGGCGGCCCGGCUUAGAUGGGGCGUAGACGCAUAAGACGUAGUCUAUAUACAUAUAUGUAUGCGUGUGUGUAUGCGUGUGUGUAUGUGUGUGUGCAUAUCGGCAUACGAUCGUCCAUGGUGGCAGUGAGACGCUCCCCCCUUCCAUAGUCUUCUUCACACUCUAGGUCGUAGAGUAGGAAACUUCCACAUAGCAUGUGUAAGGGUAAUACGGUAGGGGGCGCUUCUGCAACGUAGACUGGACCAAUAUUAGAGGGCGUCACGCGAUGUGUGAUGAACAGGGAUUCGCUCAUGUUAUGUUACUACUAGCAUUACUACUGCUACCACCGUCAUUGAUCCUCGCCAUAUGCAGAUCGAACACGCAGUGCCAGACCCCUGGCGCGAACGUCUUAACCAGCUCCGUGUGCUGCACGCGCGCCGUCCAGUCUCCGCGGCCCGUCCGCGCCAGUUCCGAGAAGUACACCUCGAUCUGGCCGCGCCGCGCCUCGACAUCUGCCGCGCCGACGUUCUCGUGCAGAUGCAGCCAGGCCUCGGGUCCCGGGCCGCGCGCCGCGACCUCCCACGCGUCGGCCCACGACGCCUCGCUCGUCGGCAG